AUUCUUUAUUACAAAUUAACAGAUAAGUAAAUAACUGUGCUUAUCGCUCGAAGUAAUAACCUGUUUAUUAUUUCUUGUGCAUUAUUUCCAAACUCUAGUGAAUAGAACACAUUGGCUCCUCAAUAACCAACGCAAUGAAUACCUGGUUAGCAUGGAAGAUUUUGGUAUCAUCAAUAAUAUUGAUAGGUGGGACUGAAAGCUGUACUACUAUUUAUAAUCGUCCUUUUGCCGAAGUAAUGGAACCAAACAAAAGAUCACCAUGGUUGGUGUUCAUCGCUCAUAAAUCAGGAGAGACAUUUCCUGGGAUUAAGGGAGUAUCUUACGGAUCUUUGAUCAGAGAUGACUUGGUACUUACAGGAGCGUUUAAAGUGUCCAGUGUGCCACAAAAGCGCCUGAAAGUUGUCUUAGAUUGCGAUCCAACUGGUGAGAUUACUUGCGACUCUAGAUUGGUAAAUUUCAAGCUACACUCGUCAAAUUUCGAUGAAGACCAGGUUAAACCAAGCGACUGGAUGAUUUUGAUAUUGAAAAGUCCGUUCAAGAUCCAGGACUCAGGUGUCAUCUCACUAGCUGGUAAAAAUCAUCAAUGGGACCCUCAGGAUUGUUUGAUCUAUCACUGGAUGUUCGUCAGAGUAUUAAACGACAAAAUUCGUAAAACUUUCGACGAGGGGUUUGUCCAUAAAGAGUUCCGAGUGACACUUGGUCCAGAAUCUUCUAGGAUUUAUCCAGAAGACGAGCCGAAGUUACUUGACUACGUAGACUGCUUUAUUGGAAAGUGCAAUAAAAACAUUCAUACUUCGACCCAAGUCCACAAAUUGAGCUUUGUUGGAAGUCCAAUCGUUUGCAAGCUUCUAGACCAAGACCAGUAUGUUCAAGUUGGGUUCACUAAUUUCGUAUUUGAAGCUGUUCAACAUUAUCUAGAUGAUCAUAUUGAAUAUGAGAACAAUAUCAAUUAUGAUCAAGACACUUUUGUUGAUCUUACCAAGGAUUUCGAUGAGUUUAUUAUACCGACAGUCUUAAAAAAUUAGCAUCCAAUUGUGAUAAAUAAAAUCUAAAUAUCAA